GCUUGAACUACGUGAACCAUAGAAUCGAGCUUAUGUACAAGAAGAUCAUUUUCUAGUGAAAGCCUGAUGUUGACUCAACGCCAAAUACACCUGUUUGAAGAUAAUAAAGAACAAUAGCAUCUUGUUAUCUGCCCGAAUUACUUAUCUCUGAUGUGUUAAUAUUUUCCGUACCAAUUCCUAGGGCAAAUAAUGUGAACGUUCUUGAGCGUGUCCAUUGAUUAUGCGGUAGUAAACAUGAACAUGCACUUGGGUUCUGUUUUCUUCUGUUUAUUAAGUGCCAGUUCCAUCAACGGAAAAAACGCAACAACCAACUUAUUGCAAAUCGUUCAAUGGGUGUCAAAUCUGAUGAACGAAGUGGGUCGGGGUCAACCUGAUCUAAGCUUGGUGUGUGAUUUGAGUUUUAUGUCCUUGGGUGUCAACAGGAGAUGCGCUGAACAACUGACGCAAAUUUGUCGGAACAAGACUGUGGCACUAAGAUUACUUGAUGCAUCAUCAAAAUUUCCAUAUACCGGGAUGCUAACAUCGAAUAGGUUCCACCUUGGCCAUUACGACGAAUGUAUCAAUACAGAGCUUGUGUAUGAAGAUGGAAGGGUUAUUGGGAAACACUGCUUUGCAGGUCUCAUUAUACCUGAUAUUACCAAUGUCAGUGACAUAAACUUAGCUUUCAAGCUGUCAACAUGCCUACCAGAUAAAUGUUCUAGUAAAGACAUUACAAAAGUAGUGAGUUAUUUUGUAAAAGACUUUCCGCCCAUUAUAAGAGACGAAUUUUGUACGACAAAAGAAACUAAUGAAGAAAUGACUGGAGCAAAUGUGAUUGUUAUAAUGGGUUUUAUAUUUUGGUUAUCGCUCAUGGUCCUAAGUACAAUUUACGACAUUUGUUUAUAUCUAGGAGCAAAAAAAUGUGAAACUCAAUUUCUGAUAGCUUUUUCAAUGUUUACAAACGGCAGAAAAUUAUUUUCAACCUCUGUGGCAACGAAAUACCAAAUUGAAGUGUUGAAUGGUCUAAGAGUUAUCAGUAUGAUGUGGAUAAUUGCUGGGCAUGCCGUUCUUCUAUGGGGUCAAGGUACUGAAGCUAACUCCAUGGCGGUAGUUCCUGUCAUGAAUAAGGACUAUCUUGAAGAAUACCAUUACUACCGAAGCUCAAGUUAUCUGGAUGGUGCUCAUAUGGCAGUGGAUACAUUUUUCUUCAUGUCUGGAUUUCUUCUUGCCUUCCUUUACUUCAAAGAAAAGAGAUCGCUCGCCUAUCAAUUGAAGAGCUUGCCAUUUCUUUAUAUCCAUAGAAUACUAAGGCUGGCGCCUUCAGUAUGUGCCCUGUACAUAUUUGGAAGGUGGAUAUUUCCAGUAACUGGUUCUGGUCCAAUGUGGAAUUUAGUGAUUGAAAAAGUACUCUCACCUUGCAAGAGAUAUUGGUGGUCAUAUUUCCUUUUUCUUCAGAACUAUGUCAAUUGGGAUGACUUGUGUUUGGUCCACACAUGGUACCUCUCAGCCGAUAUGCAGAUGUUCCUGAUAUCACCGAUAUUUCUGAUACCACUUUCUGUCGUACUGACUAAGAAAAGAGGAUUACGAGCAGCUAUGAUAAUACUUCUGCUGCUCAAUAUAUUUUGGAUCGUCAUGCCAAUUGUCGUAAGGCUUCAGUUUACUGAAUUCAAAAACGUGUUUGAUACACAUUCAAGACUAAUAGAUUAUUUCCUUGGUAUGAUGCUUGGUAUCUUCUUCAGAAAAAGAAUGGACGUACCUUUUCUAUGUUUCGUGGAAAGAAAGUAUCGCUCGACGUUAAGCUUUUUCAUCUGGAUGUUUGUGCUAACAGAAAUGUUCAUAUCGAUGUUCUACUACCAAGAUGCUGAAGUAUACCAAGGACCUACUGCUCAAGCAUACUACUAUGUUCUAUCCAGAAGUUCAUGGACGGCUGGAUUAUGUUGGAUUGUUUACGCUUGUUAUCAUGGAUACGGAGGUAUUGUUAAUUGGAUCCUAACAAGACCAACAUACCAGAUUUUGUCUAGAUUGACAUAUAGCAUGUAUUUGAUACAUUUGCCAGUUAUGGCGUGGUAUGCGUUUCAAAACAGAGAGAUGAAAUAUUUUUCACAUUAUGAAGAGUACUAUAUGUUCUGUGGUCAUUACAUAACAACCAUAUGCUGCUCCAUUUUUUGGACCCUUGCGUUCGAGUCACCGAUUUUAGCUAUCGAAAAGGUUAUAUUCAGAAGAACACCUGCCCCGAGGAAUACCAAAGGUUGAAGCCUUUGAAAGAACGCUGCGCUGUGUAUAAAUACAUUUUAUUUAUUACCUUUUGCAAAUUAUGCUUAAAAAUAAUUAACAAGUUUGUACAAAAGACUAUAUCAGUAUUGUAUGUCAGGUACAAAUAAAUUACGUAAGUUGCUUUUUUAGAUACAAUUCCAACAGAAAUCACUAGGUGAGGUUUUGAAAACAUUUUAAAAUUUUGCAAAUUUUAAGUAUUUAGAAAACUUUGAUCAUCUUGUAAAUUUUGAGAAUUCUGAAACCCGACAAUUUUGAAAAUUUGAAAAACUGAAAAUUUUUAAAAUCCUGAAAAUUUGAAAUUGCUGAAGAUCGUACAAAUUUCGAAUUUGUUUAUAAUCCAAGGAGAGAUCAUUGCUCAAACGAUACCAAAUCCACAGGUCCGGCUCGUACGCAUUGGACUGCAUCGGAUUGCAAACGUGGCUUUUAAAAGUAUUAUUUUCAAUGUAGCAUUUGGAUUUUCCUCCAUUGAUCGACAACGUAUGACUAUUUGGAUCCGUUCGCACACCUGUAUUUUUACAAAUGAUUCUAAAUUUGUUUAGUGCGGACAGUCCGAUGCAUACCCUAACUUGUAUUUGAACAUUGCCAAUACUCAUACUACUGUUGAAAUUGCAUGACGUAAGCUCAUAUUUAAACUUAAACCAAAAAUUAUAAACUUGUCUCUGACUUCGAAUGUUUCUGUAUCUUAAUGUCUAUAAACAUGGUGUUUUCUUUGACGUAAUUUGGUUUCAUUAAAGUUGAGUGAGGUAUGAAAAUGUAUGAAGAAGAUGACUCUUGAGGUUCUUCGCCCUCCUCGUCCCCGCAUUGCCU